UUGGGAACCUCUCCAACUUGAGCCGGGUGUUCGAAGUGAAGAAGGCCAUCAACGAUCUCUCUCAAGGAGACAUGGAGUUCACUCAACAUUUCGGCAAGUUUAGGUCUCUUUGGGCGGAGCUCGAGAUGCUAAGGCCUAACACCAUUGAUCCGGCGAUCCUCAACGAAAGGCGUGAACAAGACAAGGUCUUUGGUCUCCUUCUCACCUUGAACUCCACCUACAAUGAUCUCAUCAAGCACUUACUCCGAGCCGAGAAGCUACCUAACCUAGAAGAAGUGUGCUCUCAAAUCCAAAAGGAGCAAGGAUCUCUUGGUCUCUUCGGAAACAAAGGAGAGCUUGCUACAGCCAACAAAGGAGAGCUCACCACCGCCAACAAGGGAAGCUACAAGUCCGAGAACAAGAGAGGCCUAACUUGUGACCAUUGCAAAAAGACGGGUCAUACCAAGGAGAAGUGUUGGAUUCUUCACCCCCAUCUCCGACCAAGUAAAUGGAAGGAUCCUAAAGCUCAUCAAGCAAACUGGAGCCAAGAGACUCAAGACAUCUCCGGACCCGGACCCUCAACUCAAGCUAAUGGUGUUGGAGCGGCAAUGACGGCGUCUUCGGAGUUUGUGAAGAAAUCGGACCUCGAUGCUCUCAUUAAGGCUCUUAAGGAGUCAUCCGGAUAUUGAAUCAAGUAGGGUGCUUGGUCAAGGAGUUACAAAGGAUGGUCUUUAUGUUCUAGAAGACACAAAGCUAUCCGAACCUUUAUCUUCUCAUUUUAGUUCAAGUAUUGUUGUUGCGAAUAGUGCUAUUUGGCAUGCUAGACUAGGUCAUCCCCAUCCUCGGGCUUUAAGUUUAAUGCUACC